GCUGAGAGAGGAAGGAGGAGGCUCAGGAGGGGGAGAAUAGCAGAGUAACAGCAGCAGUGAGCAGAAGAAGGCAUAGGAGGAUAGCACAUAGCGGAGACCAUUCCGUACUGCAUACCCCCACGACAGGAGGCAACCCGCAUUGAUCGACCCUCCGCUCCCAUUUCACCCAAUUUUACCUUAAUCUACCGGUUUAUUUGGACCAAUUAACCAUGGAAGUGUGCUGCGUGCCUCAAGUUUCAAGCCUGGAGGAGCUGAUCGAGGAGCUGUACAAGGUGUUCGAGUAUAACGAAGUGGAUGUGGAUUACGUUCAGGCCCUUAUGGAAAGUUACAAGUCCAACCCCCAAGACUGGAAGAAAUACGCCAAGUUUGACCGCCUCCUGCCUUACACGAGGAACCUCAUUGAUGAAGGGAACGGCAAAUUUAACCUCCUUAUGCUGUGCUGGGGGCCCUCACAGUCCUCCCCCAUCCAUGACCACGCUGAUGCCCACUGCUUCAUGAAGCUGAUGCAGGGAAGCCUUACUGAGGUGCGCUUCGACUGGCCGGAGGAGCAGGGCGAGAGGAGCGAGAUGACCGAGGAGGAACAGGGGAAGCAUAUGAAACAGACGGGAGUGAACGAGAUGAAGCUGAACGGCGUCUACUACAUCAACGACUCCCUCGGGCUGCACCGCGUGGAGAAUCGGUCCCACAGUGAGGGCUCCGUGUCCCUCCAUCUCUACUCUCCACCCUACAUCAUGUGCUCCAAGUUUGACGAGAACACGGGGAAACGGACAAAGGGAGAGGUCAAGUUCUACAGCAAGUUUGGGUCAAAGAAACAUUCGCACUGCAUCAAGAACGCCUGAAGAGAGACAAGUGCAGCGGCCGUGAGUGAGUGAGCGAGUGAGUGAGUCAGUCUCCGCCUCUCUCUCUCUCUCACACACACGACACUCCACUCCUCCUCUCGGCAGUUAUAUUUCCUCGGUGCAAGACUUCUGUGGUGGUUUGAGAUUGAAGGGGAAAGGGAGGGAGGGCGGAAGGGAAGGGAAGGGUGGGAAUACAGUCAUACCUCGGUUUAUGCGCUUAAUUCGUCCUGGAAUUUCGCUCGCAAACCAAAAAAAACUCGUUAACAAAAACAAACGCACACUGUAAUGCUGAAAACACAAAGAUCACACAUUUGAGCACAAACGUAAGUGGACAUGAGCACACGGUUGCCACCCCUAUGAGUGCGGACCGUGGACUGAGACCCCAUUCCCAUUAUUUUCCGCUCUGUGCGCUCCCAUCAUGUGAGGAACAAAGGAGACCUACGCUCGUACGCUUAACCCUCUCCGAUCCGACGUUUUCAAAUUUUCCGUAUUUUUCUGUAUGACUUUUUCUUCUAGAGUUAAUAAGAAAAAAAGUGUAUAGUUUUGAUUGAAGUUCCUGAGGGGAGGCCAGAUUUGUUCCCCCUCAGAUCACAUAGGGUUAAGUCACCGCUCGCAAACCAAAACAUUUUCCGUGACUUCCUUUUGCACGUAAAUCGAAACACUCGUAAAGUAAGGCACGCGUAAACCGAGGUAUUACUGUACUGGGGUGUAGAAAUAUAAUGAGGGCUAAAAACAGUAUGUGGUGCGGCAGUAUAUAGUGAGGUGCGCAAGGGAUCGGAGUACAAAAAAAAAAAAAAAAAAUGACUGGGGUGUCGGAUCCCUCGCUGGCUUUCGUAAUUGGUUGUGAUUUUAGCGGCGUAUUUUCUCUAGGGGUAAAAAGAUUCGCGGAAAAUAAGGUUACGGUCGAUCGCCUAAAAAAUGCUAAUAAAAAAAGUUAUGGUCGAUAUGCUAAAAUAUGCACAAAAAUGAUAACAGAGAAAGAAUAAGAGAAAGACAUGACUUAGUAAAAUGAUAAUACUGAAAAUAACUACCCAAAAACAACACUUACGACAACAACAGCGGCCAUAACAAACAAUUUAAUUUUCCCGUCACUUGCAAUUUAAGAGAAUUUCGUAGUUUUAUAAAAGUAAUCUGAAAAAGGCAUAAUACUACAUCAGAAGCCAUUUUAACUUAGACAUACUGUAAUAACCAUGAUGAAAAAUGUAGAGAUAGGAAGUUAAAUGAAAAAACAAGGAAAGCAUAGGAAUAACAGAAAAUAAUAUAGAGAAAAGGCAUAAUACUGCUCCUGAAACCAUAUUAACUUAGACGUAAUAUGAUAACCAAUGCGUGUGAUACUAAUAUGUGAUUUUACCAGUAGCUCAAAAUAGUUAGACACACACACACACACACACACACACACACACACACACACACACACACUACAAUUUUUGAUACUUCUUCCUUCCUUCCUUCCUUUCCUUCCUUACUUCCUACAUUCGUUCCUUUCUUCCUCCUCCUCCUCCUUCCUUCCUACCCUCCUUCCUCUCAUCACCUUCCUUCCUUCCUUCCCCCUUCCUUCCUUCCUUCCUUCCCUUCAUCACCCUCCCUGUUGUUAUUGUUUUUAGGAGGACUUCAGAUAUUUUAAUUUUUUACAUAGGCCUAUAUUUUCGGAACCCUUGCAGUCUGUUAUUUUACCCCUCGUGAAUUGCUGUUUAUUCAAGAUUAUAGACGGACUGGUAUCAAGCUGUCUAACUGAUGGCUGUCGGCUAAAAUUAAUUGGGUGUUGACUGUCAGAUGAAGCUGUAUGAUUGUCUUCUAUGGAUGUCAACUGUCUGAUAAAACUAAUAUGGCUGUUGUCUUAUAUGGCUGUAUGUCUAUGGCUGUCGGCUGUCAGAAAAAGCUAAUAUAUGGCUGUUUUCUAUGGCUUUUGGCUGUUUCAUGAACCUGUUUGGCUGUUGAAGAGAGCUAUAAGGCUGUACUAUGUCUAUGGCUGUCAGAUAACACUAUAUAUAUGGCUAAUGUCUUAAUAUAGCUUUGUGUCUAUGGUUCUCGGCUGUCAGAUAAAGCUUUCGGCUACUGCAUCAAGCUAUAUGGGUAAUGUCUUUAUAUGGCGCUAUGCUAUGGCUGUUCGCUGUUGGGUAAAGCUAUAUGGCUCUAUGUCUAUGGCUGUUGUGCUAACGCUGCUGUGGUGCUGUGCGUGUCUGCUGUACAUAGUGUCUUGCGUGCAGGGCGUCGCAAAGAAAUGAUCGGAAAUGGAAGACAAGGAGAAAUUGAAGUUUAAAUUUACUGCUUGUGGUUAUUCAGAGCCAAGGUUUUAAAUUGUGUGUGUUUCUUGUAUGCCUCUGUUAAUGUUGUUUUUGGUUAGACAAUUCUCCAGAUCGGAAACAGAAGAGAAGAAGAAAUUGAAGUUUAAAUUUACUCUUGUGGUUAUUCAGAGCCAAGGUUAUAAAUUGUGUGUGUUUCUUGUAUGCCUCUGUUAAUGUUGUUUUUGGUUAGACAAUUCUCCAGAUAAAGGAAUGAUCGGAAACAGAAGAGAAGAAGAAAUUGAAGUUUAAAUUUACUCUUGUGGUUAUUCAGAGCCAAGGUUGUAAAUUGUGUGUGUUUCUUGUAUGCCUCUGUUAAUGUUGUUUUUGGUUAGACAAUUCUCCAGAUAAAGGAAUGAUCGGAAACAGAAGAAGAGAAGAAGAAAUUGAAGUUUAAAUUUACUCGUGGUUAUUCAGAGCCAAGGUUGUAAAUUGUGUGUGUUUCUUGUAUGCCUCUGUUAAUGUUGUUUUUGGUUAGACAAUUCUCCAGAUAAAGGAAUGAUUGGAAACAGAAGAAGAGAAGAAGAAAUUGAAGUUUAAAUUUACUGCUUGUGGUUAUUCAGAGCCAAGGUUAUAAAUUGUGUGUGUUUCUUGUAUGCCUCUGUUAAUGUUGUUUUUGGUUAGACAAUUCUCCAGAUAAAGGAAUGAUCGGAAACAGAAGAGAAGAAGAAAUUGAAGUUUAAAUUUACUCUUGUGGUUAUUCAGAGCCAAGGUUAUAAAUUGUGUGUGUUUCUUGUAUGCCUCUGUUAAUGUUGUUUUUGGUUAGACAAUUCUCCGGAUAAAGGAAUGAUCGGAAACAGAAGAAGAGAAGAAGAAAUUAAAGUUUACUGUUUGUGGUAAUUUGGAGCCAAGGUUGAAAAUUGUGUGUCUAUCUUGUUUUAUGCCUCAGUUAGUAUUGUUUUUAGUUUGACAAUUCUCCAGAUAAAGGAACGAUCAGAAACGGAAUAAGAGAAGAAAUUGAAGUUAUGCUGUUUGUGGUUAUUCGGAGUCAAGUUGUUAAGGUUGAAAAUUGUGUGUCUGUCUUGUUUUAUGCCUCAGUUAGAAUUGUUUUUAGUUCGACGAUUCUCCAGAUAAAGGAACGAUCAGAAACAGAAUAAGAGAAGAAAUUGAAGUUAUGCUGUUUGUGGUUAUUCGGAGUCAAAUUGUUAAGGCUAAAAACUGUGGUUCUAUCUUGUUUUAUGCCUCUACUAGUGUUGUGUUUAUUUAGACAAUUCUCCAGAUGAAGGAACACUCAAUCGGAAACAGAAGACAAGAGGAAAUUAAAGUUUACUGUUUGAGGUCAUUCGAGGUCAAGUUGUUAAGUUCAUGAAUUGUAUGUAUCUUGUAUGCCUCAGUUAGUAUUGUUUUUAUUUAGACGAUUCUUCAGAUAAAGGAAUGAUCGGAAAUGGAAGAGAAGAAGAAAUAAAAAUUUACUGUUUGAGGUCAUUCGAGGUCAAGUUGUUAAGGUUAAAAAUUGUGUGUAUCUUGUUUUAUGCCUCAGUUAGUAUUGUUAUUAUUUAGACGAUUCUCCAGUUAAAGGAACGAUCGUAAACGGAAGAAGAAGAGAAAUUGAAGUUUACUGUUUGAGGUCAUUUGAGGUCAAGUUGUUAAGGUUAUAAAUUGUAUGUAUCUUGUAUGCAUCUGCUAGUGCUGUUUUUAUUUAGGUCAUUCUCCAGAUAAGGUCAUUAAUUUGAGUUUUCAUUCUUGUUGUUUUUAUUUCUUUUUCAUAAUUUAUCCUCGUAUGGUGUGCCGAGAACUUUAUUUUUCAUUUCGGAGAUCACAAAGUACGUGAUCUGCAAGCAUUAUUAUCAUUAUUACAAUUACUGUCAGUGUUAUUUUUAUUUUUCAUUAUUUAUCCUUAUAUGGUGUGUCUAGACCCAUAUAUUUUUUCUUUUCUUUUCUGGUAUUUUUUCCUUUGGAGAUCGCAAUGUAUGUAAACUGCAAACUAUUAUCAUUAUUAUUAUUAUUAUUAUUAUUAUUAUUAUUAUUAUUAUUACUGUCAUCAUUCAUUAUGUGAUUCCUGUGCCUUUUUGUGAUGCCCUGCGAGAGCCAAUUAACCUGAGUCUUGCAUUGUCCAGGUAUAGACGGACAGGCAAUUAAGGUAACACAAACAGUAAUUAGUAUAGAUCAAAGGUGCUGCCCGUGCAAUCAUGUUAACUCGACGCUCAAAAUCAUAAAUAUAAUAAAGACGAGAAUUUGAA